GAAGAUUGAAGAUUAUGCUUUGAACUUUCUUCUUUUCCUGUUCUUUCUCUUUAGAGAGUCUCAGAUCUAAAAUCGAGAAAAUCACACUCAUAAUCUCAAUUCAGCAAAAGAAGAAGAAGCGGCGGAAAUGUCGAGCGAUAGCGACGAGGAUGCUCUCAUCUUGAAAGCGCUGCAGGAGCAAGAAAAGCGCGAUGUUAACUACGGCAAACCCUCCUCCAAUUCCCGUAAGCCCGUCGCCAAUUACGUCCAGGCUCCUAAGCGCGGCGGAGCUCCGGCCGCCGCCAAGCAGGCGCAGAGCAAAGGUCGUGUGGCCGAGGACGAUGACGACUCCGAAGUCGAGAUGCUCAGCAUAUCCAGCGGCGAAGAGGACAACGCCAGAGCUCCGGCUGCCGCUGCCAAGGGUCGCGGAAGGCCGGGAGCUCGAGACAACGAACGCGCUUGGGACGGCGAAGAGCCUAGUUGCUGGAAGCACGUCAAUGAAGCUGACCUUGCUCGCAGGGUUCGAGCGAUGAGGGAAUCAAGGAUAGCACCAGUGGCUCAGAAAUACGAGAAUAAAGCCACUGCGGCAGGAGGUCCUAGAAAGGGGCUCAAUUACACGCAGUCUUUUCCUCGCGGCAUGGAAUGUGUCGAUCCACUGGGUUUGGGGAUCAUAGACAACAGAACACUAAGGUUGAUCACCGAGUAUUCAGAGAGUUCUCACAAUGUUGACAAUGAAGAGCAGGAUCCCAACCUUCGAGAGAAAUUGCUUUAUUUUUCCGAGAACUUCGAUCCAAAGCUGUUCUUAUCACGAGUACAUGCUAAAACAAAAACUGAAGAUCUGGUAGCUGGUGCACGUGCUUUAAAAGCUGAUUUCCAAAGUCGUACCGAGCAGAAAAAGCAGCUGGUUAAGGAUAACUUUGACUGCUUUGUCUCUUGCAAAACCACAAUUGAUGAUAUUGAAUCAAAGUUAAGAAGAAUUGAGGAUGACCCUGAAGGAUCUGGGACCUCCCAUUUGCAUAGUAUUAUUCAAGGAGUUAAUUUGCAAGCUAAUCGUGCUUUGAAGCCUUUGUUUGAGAGACAAGCUCAAGCCGAAAAAAUUAGGACUGUCCAAGGAAUGCUGCAGAGAUUCCGAACCCUUUUCAACUUACCAAGUACUAUCCGUGGUAGCAUUAGCAAGGGGGAAUUUGAUUUGGCAGUCAGGGAGUACAAGAAGGCCAAGUCAAUUGCUCUUCCUUCUCAUAUUCAGGUGGGGAUCCUAAAACGUGUUCUCGAAGAAGUUGAAAAAGUGAUGAAUGAGUUCAAGGCAAUGCUUUUCAAAUCUAUGGAAGAUCCGGAAAUAGAUCUAACAAGUCUUGAGAAUACUGUGAGGUUGCUGUUGGAUUUGGAACCAGAGUCCGAUCCAGUCUGGCAUUAUUUGAAUAUACAGAAUCAGAGAAUCCGAGGUUUGCUUGAGAAGUGUACAUCAGAUCAUGAGGUCAGAAUGGAACAUCUGAAGAAGGAAUUGCAUGAAAGGGCUCUUUCUGAUGCUAGGUGGAGGAAGAUUCAAGAUGAAUUGGGUGAAUCUUCAGAUAUCAACAGCUCUCCUAUUGUUGGUAAUACCCAAUCUCAUCUGGUAGAUCUAACUGGUGAAGAGGUUGAUGCUCUAAGAGGAAAGUAUAUCCGUAGAUUAACUGCUGUAAUCAUCCGCCACAUACCAGCCUUCUGGAAGGUUGCACUCUCUGUUUUCAGUGGAAAAUUUGCUAAGUCUUCACAAGUUCCAACAGAUUCAAAUACCAACAGUUCUGCUAAUAGAGUUGAAGAAAAAGCUGGAGACACAAAAUACUCAAGUCAUUCUAUGGAUGAAGUUUCUGCAAUGAUAUGCAGCACAAUUUCAGUUUAUGGAGACAAGGUUAUUACCAUCUUUAGUGAUCUAGAGGAAUCAAAUGUCCUCCGGUCCUACAUGAGUGAUGCCAUAGAAGAUAUAUCUAAAGCAUGUGUAGCUUUUGAAAUGAAGGAAGCUGCUCCUCAGAUUGCUGUUGGUGCUCUGCGAUCACUGCAAUCAGAGAUUACAAAGAUUUAUGUUCUGAGGCUUUGCUCUUGGACGCGAGCAUCAGUUGAAGAGAUCUCAAAGAAUGUGACAUGGGUUAUUGUUUCUAUUCUUGAACGGAACAAAUCACCUUACGCAAUCUCAUACUUGCCUUUAACAUUCCGUUCAAUUAUAGCUUCAGCGUUGGAUCAGAUAAAUACGAUGCUUCUGUCCUUGAGGAACGAGGCAACAAAGUCAGAGGAUACAUUUAUACAACUUCAAGAAAUUCAAGAAUCUGUCAGAUUGGCAUUUUUAAACUGCUUCCUUGAUUUUGCUGGUAAUUUAGAGCGUAUUGGAAUUGAGAUUGGCCAAAAUAGAUCAGACAUAGAAGGUUCCCAGUUAACAAACGGAUAUUCCCAUGAACUAGAACAAAAUGCAGCUGAUGGUGUUACCGAUCCACAUCAACAAUUAUUGAUUGUUCUAAGUAAUAUUGGAUAUUGCAAAGAUGAACUUUCGUAUGAAUUGUAUGAGAAAUAUAAACAUAUCUGGCAGCAUUCCAGAGGGAAGGAUGAGGCAAACGGUGAUGAUGUACAAGAUCUUAUGAUUUGUUUCUCAGGGCUUGAAGAGAAGGUCCUUGAACAAUAUACUUUUGCAAAGGCAAACUUGAUCAGGUCUGCUGCCAUGAAUUAUCUGUUGAACUCUGGCAUUAAUUGGGGAGCUGCACCUGCAGUUAAAGGCGUUCGUGAUGCUGCAGUAGAGUUAUUGCACACAUUGGUAGCUGUUCAUGCAGAGGUUUUUGCUGGUGCUAAACCCCUGUUGGAUAGAACACUUGGCAUCCUUGUGGAAGGUUUGAUUGAUACAUUCAUCAGCAUUUUUCAUGAAAACGAAGAUAAGGAUCUCGGAGCACUUGAUGCAAAUGGAUUUUGUCAGCUCAUGCUUGAGGCCUUGACCUUGAAUUGGGCAACCACAGUUCACUUUGAUGAAUUGGGAGAGAAAAAAUGAUGUAGCAUUAGUGUAUUAUCUUUGUUCCAUGUAGCUGUCUCUCCUUUUUUUUGGGAUACCUUUUCAUCCACUCCUGUGUACUGUUUUAUCUAUACAUAAAUAAAAUUCUUUCUUUUGAUAUUGCACCUUGCCACAAAAACUAUGCCUCUUUCUUUCUCCCAAAACCCACUAACCUCAUCAAAAGAAAUUGAUCUAGUGAUGUGGGGUACACCAUGAUUCUCCAAAACUGCCGAACAUAGAAUUCCACAAAGAAACAGCCAUAAAGCAGUGUAAAAACAAAUGUGAGAUCCUUUCUGAGUCUCUCGAACACAUAACACACAUUUGGGAAUUAGCCUUAUUUGGUCUUCGGACUUAUAACUUGUCAUUGGUGUUAAUUCUGUUAAGCAUAGCAUUCCAAACAAAAGAUUUGACUUUAGAGAAAGCAAAGACUUCCAAGUGGGUUAUCGAGAAAAAAAGGUGCAAUAUUGGAGACUGAGAUAGAGACAGAAAAAAAGACUUACAAGUAUACCCGAAGAAUCAAGAGAUGACAAUCUUUUGUCAGGGUUAGUGGACAGAGGGUCAUUAUCAAAGCAGACCUGAAAGUUACCUAACUCAAUGGAUUCAUUAUCACUAAUAUUUCUAAAAAAUGAGAGUUCCAAGAGUAGGAACAUUCCUGAAUUGAAUAGAAAUCUCUAAUAGGGAUGUUAUGGAAGGAGGAUAGGUGAUAAAGAUGGGGAAAAACGAAGUUAAAAGGAGCAUCCCCUAACCAAUGAUCUUCAAAAUAAAAAUCGAGAAGCAUCCCUGACUUUCAAUAAAACCAAUGGUUUGAAAAUAGUGUAACCACUAGAAAUAAAUUUCCAAGGCUAGAGUGAGUUGCAUGUGAAGCAAAAUUUGCAUCCCAUCAAUUUCUAUUCAAGCCAUGCUUACUAAUAAUAACCUUAUGCCAAAGGAAAUGUGGUUCUAAAGGAAAACACCAUAGCCAUUUUGUUGUCAAACUAA